UCAUCUGCCAAGUCAAGCAAGGGUCACUAGGUCAAUUGAAACAAACACGCUUCUGUUGUUGUUUUUUAGCAGAGAAUUAUGCUCUGUCCCAAACAACAUACAACCUCAUUAUUCAUCUUUUUCUUCUCAAACUCUCAUUUCCUCUGCCACAUAAAAUAAACCAAAUCUCAGUUAAUACAAAAAAAGACACCCCUGCCAUAUCUGUUUCAACUAUACUACAAUCCUUCAAUAUCUGUUUCUGUUUCAUGGGCUGGUGUUGGAAUUCAGAACCAUAGAUAAAGACACCACUGCCAUAUGGACAAAUCUCAUAGCUUUUUUCACAGUAUUUUCAAACACUUUAAAUGCGGUUACAACACAGGUAGAGGGAGACAAUGAAGCUGAGUUACAAAAAAUGGCUUCACGGGAGCAGAAGAUAUUUUCAUACGAAACCCUGCUUUCUGCCACCAAGAAUUUUAAUGCUACUCAUAAGUUAGGUGAGGGUGGUUUUGGACCUGUCUACAAGGGGAAACUGAGUGAUGGGAGAGAAGUUGCAGUGAAGAAGUUAUCACAGACAUCAAAUCAAGGGAAGAAGGAGUUUAUGAAUGAGGCAAAAUUGUUGGCUCGUGUGCAGCAUAAGAAUGUGGUGAAUUUGUUGGGUUAUUGUGUUCAUGGCACAGAGAAGAUACUUGUUUAUGAGUAUGUGCCUCAUGAAAGCCUAGACAAAUUUCUAUUCAAAGAAGCUGAGAAGAGAGAACAGCUUGAUUGGAAACGUAGGUUUGGCAUAAUCACAGGCGUGGCAAAGGGGUUACUCUAUCUACACGAAGACUCACACAAUUGUAUAAUUCAUCGAGACAUCAAGGCCAGUAAUAUAUUGCUUGAUGACAAAUGGACGGCUAAGAUUGCAGAUUUUGGAAUGGCACGUCUCUUCCCUGAAGAUCAAAGCCAAGUUAAAACACGUGUGGCUGGAACCAACGGAUAUAUGGCUCCGGAAUAUAUGAUGCAUGGAAGACUGUCUGUCAAAGCCGACGUGUUUAGCUAUGGGGUUUUGGUAUUGGAGUUGAUCACUGGCCAAAGAAACUCAUCCUUUAAUUUAGACGUGGAGGAGCAUAACCUUCUUGAUUGGGCAUACAAGAUGUACAAGAAAGGAAGGAGCUUAGAAAUUGUAGAUUCUGCAUUAGCAUCUACGGUGUUAACGGAACAAGUAGAUAUGUGUAUUCAGCUAGCUUUGCUAUGCAUUCAAGGAGAUCCACAGCUACGUCCAACAAUGAGGCGCAUAGUGGUGAAGCUUUCAAGAAAAUCACCACAAAGCCACAUGGAACAACCAACAAGACCAGGAAUACCAGGUAGCAGAUAUAGAAGACCUCCUAGACAUUCUGCUUUGUCUUCCACAGUUGGUACUUCUGCUGCCUCUUAUUCUCAAUCUUCUGAUUCAAGCAACAACUUUGGCACUUCUACUACCACCGUCACUGGUAGAAGUUCAGCUACUGCUGAAUUAGAUCCGAGAGGGAAACGUCCAAUGCAGGAUUAGGCUGAAUCAUUUUGUUUUGUUUUGUUUUGUUUUGCCAUGUGAUAGAGGCUUAGUUUUUUUGUAAUGGAAGUAUUUGAUUUGAACUGAUUAGGAUGUACAUAUUUAGAUGGUAAGGCUAGGAUGAUGUGAAUUCUUAUUCUUUUAGUAUUUUUGUUAAAGAUAAAUUGAGUUGAAAUUCAUCUAAUAUCAUCCAAUUUUGGGACUA